CUUCUACUCAACAUGGCACCCUUGAACAACACCAUGUUCUACCCUCAAUCUUUCUUCCUCACAGGCAUUCCUGGAUUGGAAAGAUUCCAUGUGUGGCUCACUAUCCCCUUCUGCUGCCUCUAUGGUAUUGCCCUCUCUGGAAACAGUAUGAUCCUCUUUGUCAUCAUCACGGAGCCAAGUCUCCAUGAGCCAAUGUACUAUUUCCUCUCCAUGCUGUCUUUCACUGACCUGGGCCUAUGCUUGUCCACCUUGAUCACUAUGUUGGGCCUUUUCGGGUUCAAUGCCCGAGAGAUCAGCUUUGAUGCUUGCAUUGGCCAAAUGUUCUUCAUUCACGGCUUCACCUUCAUGGAGUCCUCAGUGCUACUGGCUAUGGCCUUUGACCGCUUCAUCGCAAUCUGUAACCCACUAAGAUAUACCACUAUCUUAACUAAUUCAAGGAUUGCUAAGGUAGGGAUGGUGAUUGUCAUCAGGGGCACAGCAGCUCUGGUGCCCUUGCUCCUGCUCCUAAAACGUCUAUCAUUCUGUCAUAGCCACGUUCUCCACCAUUCCUAUUGUUUCCACCCUGAUGUGAUGAAGCUAUCAUGUUCAGACACCAAGGUCAACAGCGUAUUUGGAUUGGCAAUUGUCAUCUCCACUGCUGGGGUAGAUUCAGUCUUCAUACUACUCUCCUAUGUUCUGAUCAUCCACUCUAUUCUCAGCAUUGCAUCUCCUGAAGAGCGCAAGAAAGCCUUUAGCACCUGCAUCUCCCACAUCAGUGCUGUAGCCAUUUUCUACAUCCCCAUGAUCAGCUUGUCCCUGGUGCACAGAUUUGGGAAACAUGCCCUUCCUUAUGUACACACACUCAUAGCCAAUGUCUACCUACUCAUUCCUCCAGUGAUGAAUCCUAUUAUCUAUAGUGUGAAGACCAAGCAAAUCCGCAGAGUGAUCCUCAAAAUAUUCCUUCCCAAGAAAAUUUAG